AUGCCCACUGGUCAAACUGCGAACACUGUCCAGAUUGCCUGUGACUUUGCUGACGACUACGAGAUAACAGCUGAUGACGGUACGUAUUACAGCGAAAUAACAGCUGAUGACGGUACGUAUUACAGCGAAAUAACAGCUGAUGACGGUACGUAUUACAGCGAAAUAACAGCUGAUGACGGUACGUAUUACAGCGAAAUAACAGCUGAUGACGGUACGUAUUACAGCGAAAUAACAGCUGAUGACGGUACGUAUUACAGCGAAAUAACAGCUGAUGACGGUACGUAUUACAGCGAAAUAACAGCUGAUGACGGUACGUAUUACAGCGAAAUAACAGCUGAUGACGGUACGUAUUACAGCGAAAUAACAGCUGAUGACGGUACGUAUUACAGCGAAAUAACAGCUGAUGACGGUACGUAUUACAGCGAAAUAACAGCUGAUGACGGUACGUAUUACAGCGAAAUAACAGCUGAUGACGGUACGUAUUACAGCGAAAUAACAGCUGAUGACGGUACGUUAAACAGCGAGAUAACAGCUGAUGACGGUACGUAUUACAGCAAAAUAACAGCCGAUGACGGUACGUAUUACAGCGAAAUAACAGCUGAUGACGGUACGUUAAACAGCGAGAUAACAGCUGAUGACGGUACGUAUUACAGCGAGAUAACAGCUGAUGACGGUACAUAUUACACCAAGAUAACAGCUGAUGACGCUGAUGACGGUACGUAUUACAGCGAGAUAACAGCUGAUGACGGUACAUAUUACACCAAGAUAACAGCUGAUGACGGUACGUAUUAUAGCGAGAUAACAGCUGAUGACGGUACGUAUUACUGCGAGAUAACAGCUGAUGACGGUACGUAUUACAUCGAUAUAACAGCAGACGAUGGUACGUUUAACAGCGAGAUAACAGCUGAUGACCGUACGUAUUACAGCGAGAUAACAGCUGAUGACGGUAUGUAUUACAGCGAUAUAACAGCUGAUGACGGUACAUAUUUCAGCGAGAUAACGGCUGAUGACGGUACGUAUUACAGCGAAAUAACAGCUGAUGACGGUACGGAUUACAGCGAGAUAACAGCUGAUGACGGUACGUACUACAGCGAAAUAACAGCUGAUGACGGUACGGAUUACAGCGAGAUAACAGCUGAUGACGGUACAUAUUUCAGCGAGAUAACGGCUGAUGACGGUACGUAUUACAGCGAGAUAGCAGCUGAUGACGGUACGUAUUACAGCGAAAUAGCAGCUGAUGACGGUACGUAUUACAGCGAGAUGACAGCUGAUGACGGUACGUAUUACAGCGAGAUAGCAGCUGAUGACGGUACGUAUUACAGCGAGAUGACAGCUGAUGGCGGUACGUAUUACAGCGAGAUAACAGCUGAUGACGAUACGUAUUACAGCGAUAUAACAGCUGAUGACGGUACAUAUUUCAGCGAGAUAACAGCUGAUGACGGUACGUAUUGCACCGAGAUAACAGCUGAUGACGGUACGUAUUACAUCGAUAUAGCAGCCGACGAUGGUACGUUUAACAGCGAGAUAACAGCUGAUGACCGUACGUAUUACAACGAGAUAACAGCUGAUGACAGUACAUAUUACAGCGAGUAG